GAUAUUUUUUCUAUAAAAAAAAAAAUGAGGGACUGCUUCCAAAUUCAAUCCUGUUUGAACUUCAAACAAAAUUUGCAGGAUCUCUCUCCGUCAGUUCCAGGAAUUUUCGCGUUCGAGGAAUCGGCGAAUCGCGACAAGCGGCAAAGCAGAACGGUGGAGUAGGAAAAUGGAUGAACAUUUGCUUUCGCUUUCCAUUCAAACAUUGUAAAUGCGAGAGCACCAUUCUCUUUGUUCUUAUCGCGGAUUCAUUGGCGCCAAAGACAAACGAGCUAUUAGGAUAGAUCACAAUUGUCAGCACAUGUCUGAAAGGGGUUUUCCCCUUAUCUAAUUCAUAAUCUGUUCAUUUCUAUUCGUGUUUUGACUUUUGAGUCAUUUUUUGGGUUAAUUUCUUGAUUUUUCCAGUCUUACUGAGUUUGUUUUUCUGAAAUCGCACUCAGUUUGCCGUACUGGCGCUUUGUUUAUGAUGGUUGAGUUCAUGUUGUUCAUGAGCAUCAUGAAAUUGGUGAGAGAGAGAGAUAGAGAGAGCCAGAGACGAAGAGAGGGAGGAGUUUGAGAAAAAAAGAAAAAGAAAAAAGAAGAUUCGUUGUAUGUAACUUUUUUCUGAUUAGGAUUCCCCACUUUCUUCUACCAUUUUUCUUUCAACUGAAGCAUUUGGGCGUGGGGGAUCCAUUUACUAGUUGAACCGGCACAGUUUUAGAGAGGCAAAACGUUGGAGGAAUAUUCUUGGGUUUAGUUCGUAUGGAGUUUUGAAGAUUCAGUUUCCUAGAGUUUCUUGUCAUGGCGGUUGUCGAGCUGGUCCAAUUAAUUAUGCUGAAGCUUCACCAAUUAUGAUCAGCUCACGCAGAGAGAUUGUAGAAGAGCCAGUAAGAGCUAUUAGUGAAGAUGUAGUUGGUGUUGCUGUUGGGAAAGAUGUGAAAGAGUGCUUAUCAGUUUUGAGGUAUGCACUAAAAUCCUCACAUGGGAAGAAGAUUUGCCUCCUCCAUGUUCAUGUCCCCGCACAGAUGAUUCCAUUAAUGGGAACCAAAUUUCCAGCGAACUCAUUGCAGAAAGAGGAAGUGAGAGCCUAUCAUGAGUUUGAGAAGCAAAAUUUGCGGAGGAUCAUGAAUGAGUAUAUUCUAUACUGUCUUCAAGAAGGGGUUCAAGCUGAGAGAUUAUGUGCUGAAGCUGAGAGUAUCGAAAAGGGAAUAGUUGAUAUGAUUUCCCUGCACGGUAUUAAAAAGCUUGUUAUGGGAGCAGCUGUAGACAAGUGCUAUUCGAGGAGAAUGGUGGAUCUGAAGUCUAAGAAAGCCUUUUAUGUGCGCUCACAGGCACUUGCUUCUUGUCACAUUGAGUUUAUCUGCAAGGGGAACCUCAUCUGCACCAGGGAGGGUAGAACGGAUGGAGCUCAAGUAGAAGCUGCAGGUACAUCGCCACAAACAAGUCCAGACGCUGAGGCCCUGGAAAUUUCCCACUGCAGAUCUCAGUCACUUCCAUUGGAGCAGGUUAACAGCAGGGAAGUCGGGAGUCCAUCUUCGGAUUUACGUUUUAGAGGGAGAUCAUUGCUUGUUGACCAUUUUAGAGAGAGCAUAAUAGAUCCUUCUCCUUCUCCAAAUAUUAUGAACGGGGUUCGAACUGCAAGAAGCUUGGACGUUAAUGAGACUUUUGACAAAUUGAGUUUAUUGGAAAGGAGAAGUCCAUAUGAAAGGUCAGACAAUUCCUUACGCUCUCCUCGUGGUGUGAUUGACAUGGCUCCUUCUCCACUUUCCAGGGUCGAGUUAUGUGAAAAUGGGCUGGAGCAGGAUGGGAAAACCAGUGAUUACCUUUACAAUCAAUAUGAACGGGUGAUGAUGGAGGCUACAAACGCAAGGCGUGACGCAUUUUUAGAGGCAAUUGCGCGUAGAAAAUCUGAGAAAGAGGCCGUUAAUGCUCUAUGCAAGGUUAAAGCUGCAGAAGGGUUACAUGCUGAAGAACUGAAACAAAGGAAGGAGGUUGAACAAGAACUAGCAAGGGAAAAGGCUAAACUUGAAAGCAUAAAGAAGCAACUAAAUGAAGAGAUGGAAGAGGUCCGGAUAGCUCAAGAUCAGAAGGCAAGCCUUGAGAGAGAACUUUUGGAAUCUGAUCUGACGGUGAAGGAGUUGGAGCAAAGGAUUCUUUCUGCUGUUGAAUUGUUACAAAGUUACAAAAGAGAGCGAGAGGAGUUGCGGAUUCAACGCGACAGUGCACUUAAGGAAGCAGAGGAGCUUAGAAAAAAUCAGCUCGCAGGCACGAUCCUUCCACAGUUCUUUACGGAGUUUCCGUUUCGGGAGAUCGAGGAAGCUACUAGAAACUUCAAUCCCUCCCUGAAGAUCGGAGAAGGGGGAUAUGGGAGCAUAUAUAAAGGCUUCUUGCGCCAUACCAUGGUGGCUAUAAAAAUCCUACAUUCUGAUAGCUCUCAAGGCCCCUCUGAAUUUCAACAAGAGGUUAAUGUUUUAAGUAAGAUGAGACAUCCCAAUCUUGUCACACUCAUUGGAGCUUGUCCCGAAGCUUGGGUUCUCGUCUACGAAUACCUCUGUAACGGAAGCCUCGAGGAUAAGCUCAGCUGCAAGAACAAUACUCCACCUUUACCUUGGCAAGCACGAAUACGCAUCGCCACUGAGUUAUGCUCGGCCAUUAUGUUUCUUCAUUCAAGUAAGCCCCACAGCAUCAUUCAUGGUGACUUGAAACCUGCAAAUGUAUUACUUGAUGCUAACUUUGUAUGCAAGCUUGGUGACUUUGGAAUUUGUCGCUUAUUGUCUCGGGAUGAAACGCCGAACGACAAUGAAACACUUGUUUGGAGAACUGACAAUCCCAAGGGAACUUUUCCUUACAUGGAUCCUGAUUAUCUUUCAUCUGGAGAGCUAACGACGAAGUCAGAUGUUUAUUCGUUCGGGAUUAUACUGUUACGAUUGUUAACUGGUAGAUCUGCAAUAGGGAUAUCAAAGGAAGUCCAAUAUGCAGUGGGAAAUGGAAAGUUAAAAUCCAUUUUGGAUCCUUUAGCGGGAGAUUGGCCAUUCGUGCAGGCUGAACAGCUCGCUCGAUUGGCCUUGAGGUGUUGUGAUAUGAACCGAAAGAGUCGCCCCGAUCUCAUUACUGAUGUCUGGAGGGUGCUUGGACCAAUGAGAGCUUCCUGUGGGGGCCUAUUGUCCAUCCAACUCGGUUCGUCCGAACACUUGCAACCUCCCCCUUACUUUAUCUGUCCCAUAUUUCAGGAAGUCAUGCUGGAUCCACAUGUGGCUGCAGAUGGUUUUACGUACGAAGCAGAGGCGGCGAGAGGAUGGCUAGACAGUGGACAUGAUACUUCGCCAAUGACGAAUCUUAGGCUCGAGCACCGCAACCUUGUCCCCAACCGUGCUCUUCGUUCGGCUAUACAGGAAUGGCUCCAAAGGAACUGAAACACUCCCAUUCUCCUUCAUUUUCCUCUUAAUAUUUUGUGUCUAUAAUAGCCUAUAAGUUCAUGUGGAUACGUUGAAGUUCCCAUCUGUUUGUAUAUUUGUGAUAUAGAGAACAUGAAGCUGCGUGCCAUUUGUAUAUAACAAUGCAUUGAUUUUGAUUCUUACACUU